GUCCCCGCACUGUCGCCACACUGAGGAUUGUGUUGGCUGUUGGGCUAGGAUAGUCUUGGUUCCAGCAACUGCGUUUACUGCCUGCUUUGAUGUAAAACAACAGAUGACCACGGGCGCCUUGAGUUUUCCACCAGGAUCGAUCACAACUGGGAAGAAGCAGUUUCUGAUCUGAUUUCUUCAUGAUAAACCAUGGAUGAGAUGAAUGUAGCCAUUCUGUCAAAUGGCUCAAGCGUGGUGAUGCCUACAGCAGGGCAAGUCUGUGAAGCCUACUGCAGGGCAAUUCUGACAACAGCUUAUAGUGUGGUCUUAUUUGGAGGCAGCGUUGGCACAUUUAUGAUGUCACACAUGAUGCUCAAGAGGAAAAGCCAAUCAGCGGUUGCCACGAUCAUCAUUAAUAUCAUCGUGCUGCAUUCCCUUCUCCUGAUUAGUCUACCAUUCCGCCUCAGCUACUAUAUCUCAGCAGUCUGGAAGUUUGGAUCUUUUACCUGCCGGAUGGUUAGUGGUAUUAUAUACGCUCACAUGUACUUUACCUUUGUUUUUUAUGUGGCCAUUGUUACACUUCGGUUGCUCAUCUACUUUAAGAAACUCCAAAUGCAACAGUUACAAAAGUUCCAUGCCGUGGCUCUGAGUAUUAUUAUUUGGAUGGCAGGAAGCUUCAUCUUUUUACCAAUAUUUUUUUUACAGUAUGGCACAGAUCCGAGUUAUACAGAGCAACAACGAUGCUUUGAGUUUCAUAGAUCUCUCAACUGCAAGGACAUAAUCAUCACAAACUACUCUAUAAUUGUCAUUAUGAUGACAACAGUUCUGGUCCUCUUUCUGACCCAGCUAAUUGUCAUUCUUCGUUUGAUAAAAGCCUAUUGGCCUGAUAUGUGGGCCCAUCAAGAGUACAGAGCUCAAAUCAAGAGUUUUUUCUUCCUGUUGGUCAUAGUUGUCUGCUUUAUACCCCACCAUGCAUUCAGGAUAUAUUUUAUUCAAAAUUAUCCCGAGCAAGAAAAUUCUAAGUUAAUACUGUACAAUGAAAUCUGUGUUGCUUUAACAGCCUUCUGCUGCCUGGAUAUGUUAUGUUUCAUAUGUGGCGUCAUCCAUUAGACCUUGCCCUGCUCUUUCUGUGAUUGGUUUAUAGGACAUCAGAAUGAAAAACACUUCAGCUGAAUAGAUGGCGUGUUGUUAUCAUCUUUAAAAGUUUCAAGCUCUCUGCUCUUGAAUAUUAGAUUUUUUUAUUUCUCUUAGCCACAGUUGUUUUCUUACAAAAACGUAAUCAACCCUAGUCAUCUACUUUUCCUUUGAGAAUGCUUACAGGCCCCAAAUGUAUCCCAGAAUACAUUGGAUUUCUUAGUUGUACCAAACACAUCACUCCUUCCUCUUGCCACUUCAUUCAGUAUUCACUUCAGCCAAGCUCAUCUAUUCAUUCUCCCCAUACUCCUGAGGCUUUUUAGUCCACCAAGUUUUGCUCUGAAUGUGUGUGUGUUCCUCCCAUUCCUGUCCACCAAAAUGUAGAUACCCUAUAAUUAUAAAUGGGGCUCUAAAAUACCUUAAUCUAUUCAAAUUAAGAUUGCCUGAUUGUAUUGGCAUUCUGAGGGGAGUAUUUCCUUGAACAGAGAGUGGUUAAGGGAAUUAGAAGAAACUCUUCCAAGAGACUGUUCAUUGAUGUGGUUCAUCCUGAUGAAGGCACAGAAGGGACUUGGAAGCCAGAGGUUACCUCCUGAGCUAUCUUCAAUAUAAAGUAAUAAAGACAUUGGAAAAGAGAAUAAAACAAACAAAACAAAUACAACCACCACCACCAACAACAAAAACUGAACUUGGGCUGAGC